AUGAACCUACAGGACGCCAAGUCCUGGUUUAAGGAAGGCAAUGUGACGUCACUGAAGGCGGAGUUUAGCCUGCAGCCUCUUCUGGAGCAGCUGAACCAGGAUAAAUUGAGUUUUAAAUCUCUGUUACAGCUCCUUCCCCUGCAAGGUUAGUUUCAGCAGACACCUUGGUCUGAGGAGGAAGAGGCUAGUAGCAAGGCUCUAGCAGUAAUUCUGAUAAAAACUCCCGAAAACUGGAUAAGGAUUGUGACUGUGAACAUCUUGGAGAAGAUGAACUUCAAGGAAAUGUCUGAGACGGUAAAGGCUCAACUUCUAGAAUAUGUACAGCAGAAAAGAAUAGGUAACCUGAGCCUGGGAGAGAUGGAAGAGGAUUUAGAAGCAGAAAAACAAGGCAAAAACAAGGAAUACAAAAACAUGAUGGAGAAAUAUUCUUCCAUCUGGAGGAAUAAAUUUUGGCCCAGAGACAGCAACAAAUUGCAUUACGACGUCAUCCAGAGGAGCAAAAACCUCAUACCGUUCCUUAACCCCCAAAAAUCUUCAAAGCCACACACAGUGGUGCUGCAGGGGCCUGCUGGUGUUGGGAAAACCACACUGGCCAAAAAGUUGAUGCUGGACUGGACACGGGACAACUUCGGAAAGGCAUUCAAAUAUGCUUUCUAUCUCAGCUGCAAGGAACUCAACCAUAUGGGGCCACGCACUUGUGCUGAGCUCAUUUCCAAAGACUGUCCUGAGUUGCAGGAUGCCAUUCUGGAGGUCCUAGACAGAUCGCAGAGAAUCCUGAUCAUCGUUGAUGGUUUUGAUGAGCUGAGAUUCCCCCCUGGGGCACUGAUCAGUGAUAUGUGUGGUGACUGGAAGAAGCAGAAGCCAGUGGCCGUCCUCUUGAGUAGUUUGUUGACAAGGAGAAUGUUUCCCAAAGCAACUUUACUGAUCACUACGCGACCCUGGGCGAUGAGAGAGCUCUGGUUCUUGGUGGAACGGCCGUUCUUCAUAGACAUCGAAGGCUUCUUGGAGGUGGACAAGAAGGAGUAUUUCCUGAAACACUUCCAAGAUGAGGACCAAGCCCUGCGAGCUUUCAACUUGAUGAGGGGCAACACAGCCUUGUUCAGCCUGGGCUCAGCCCCCAUGGUGUGCUGGGUUGUCUGUACUUGUCUGAAGCUGCAGAUGGACAAGGGGGAGGACCCCACACCCACUUGCCAAACUACCACCUCGCUUUUCCUGCGUUUCAUCUGCAGCCAGUUUAUGCCAGUGCCUGACAGUUGCCCUGAUCAGUGCUUCCAAGCCCCAGUGAAGGCUCUGUGUCUCCUGGCAGCUGAGGGUGUGUGGACACAGACAUCUGUGUUUGAUGGAGAAGAUCUUGAGAGACUUGGGGUGAAGGAGUGUGAGCUCAGUCCUUUCCUGGACAAGAAUAUCCUUCAGAAGGUCAAGGGCUGUGAAGGCUUCUACUCCUUCAUCCACCUCAGUGUCCAGCAGUUCUUUGCCGCCAUAUUCUAUGUUCUGGGGAGCGAGGAGGAGAAGGAAGACAGGGAGAGCCACAGGGAGGAUAUUGGCAAUAUACAAAAGCUGCUUUCCAAGGAAGAAAGAUUAAAGAACCCCAGCCUGCCCCAGGUUGGGUACUUCUUGUUUGGCCUCUCAAAUGAAAAGAGAACCAGAGAGCUGGAGACAACGUUUGGCUGCCAACUGUCAAUAGAUGUCAAGCAGGAAUUGCUGAGAUGGAAAGUGAAGUCCAAUGAGAACAAACCCUUCUCAGUGCUGGACAUGAAGGAUGUUUUUUACUGUUUCUAUGAAUCUCAGAAGGAGCAGUUUGUGAAGGAUGCAAUGGCCCAUUUCAGGGAAGUGUCCCUAAAGUUGAAAAAUGAAACAGAUAUUGUACACGCUUCUUUCUGCCUCAAGCAUUGUCAAAAUUUGGAGAAAAUUUCACUGAAGAUAGAAAAAGGGAUAUUUCUGGAGAAUGAUACUUCCUUGGAACCAGGCUCUCGGUUUGAGAGGUCCCAGCGUGAUUAUCGCAUUCUUCCUCUCUGGGUGGACCUCUGCUCUGUGGUCAACUUAAACAAGAAUCUGAGCGUUCUGGAUGUGAGUGACAGCUUCCUGAGUGACACCUCAGUGAGGAUUCUUUGUGAGCGAAUGGCCCGUGUCACCUGUAAUCUCCAGAAGGUGGUGAUUAAAAACGUCUCUCCUGUUGAUGCUUAUCGGGACUUCUGUCUGGCUCUCGUUGGUAAGACGACUCUAACACACUUGAUCCUGGAAGGAAGCGUCCACAGUGAGAAGAUGCUGCUGCUGUUGUAUGAGGCCCUGAGGCACUCAAAGUGCAACCUUCAGUUUCUGAGUGAGCUCUUGGAUGAUGGUGUGAAGGUGAAGCCAGAGACAGUGUUUGGACUCUCAAGAAUGACUUGUUCCCAUUUCUCCUGCAGGUUGGGAUCUUGUGCAGCUAUCGCUGAGGAAUGGGAAUGUCUCUUCUCAGGCCUCGAACUGAACCAGUCCCUGACGUGCCUGAACCUCACAGACAGUGAGCUCUCAGUUGAGGAUGUGAAGUUGCUAUGUGCUGCUCUGAAACACCCGAACUGCUCUCUGCGGAUGUUAUCGUUGGAAAACUGUCAUCUUACAGAAGCCAGUUGCAAGGAUCUCUCUUCUGCUUUGAUCAUCAACCAGAAGCUGACACACCUGAGCUUGGCAAAGAAUGAGCUUGGAGAUGGUGGAGUGCAGCUUCUGUGUGAGGGCUUGAGUUACCCUGACUGUAAACUACAGACCCUGGUGCUCUGGGGCUGUUCCAUCACGACUCUCUGUUGUCAAGAUCUUGCAUCGGCUCUCAUCAACAACGAAAGCCUGGAGACUCUGGACCUGGGCGAGAAUAUCUUGGGGCAGAGUGGAGUUACAGUGCUCUUGGAGGCUUUAAAACAAAAGAAGGGCUUCUUACAGAAACUCAGGUUGACGAUAGAUGAGUCUAAUGUGGAAACUCAGAAGCUGUUGGAGGAGCUGAAAGAAAGGAACCCACAGCUGACGAUUGAAUGCAGUGAUGCCAGGACAGACAAGCCCUUGCGUUGUGAUUUUCUUUCCUGAACACCCUGAGUCAUUCUCUACUUGUUGCAUGUCUGGAAGGGGGAAUCUGAUCUCUUUAUAAAACAGAAUCAAAUGUGAAUCACACUCUAAAAAGUAGACUUUAGUGUUGGUUUUCUUUCUUGUUCUGAUUUAUAGCAAAUUCUUUACCAAUCAUGUACCCACAUUCAUAUCAAAAUGUUAUCUCACAUAGGAUAUAAAGGAUAAUAAAUAAAAAUUAAAGCAUUUUGUUUGAAGGUACAUUUAUUAAUAUGCCCUCUGCCCAAGAACUGACUUAGAGUAAACUUUAUUCUUAGUGUGCUUAGCCUACGAAAACGUAUUACUGAGAAGCUCAUGUUGCUGUUAGGCGCUGUUGAAUUGAUUCCAACUCAGAACGACCGUGUGUGUGAGAGUAGAACUGCCCCAUAGGGUUUUCUUGGCUGUAAUCUUUGGGAGCAGGCCACCAGGUCUGUCUGCUGAGUAGGUGCUGGGUGGGUUUGAACUGCCAACUUUUUGGUUAGCAGCGAAAAGCACUUCACUAUUGUACCACCAGGGGUCCUUGAAGCUCAUAGACGAUUAUUUCCUUCCAUUUUUUUUCUAUUCCAGUACAGAUUUGCGUAUGGAUUGGGGAAGUGAUCACAUUAUCGUAGGUGGGAUUGAGUCAAAAGUCAGUGUUCUACUUGGGUACAAAGCUGAUGGAUAAGAUUUAAGUUUAAAACAAAGAUACAAACAUAGUGGAAGGAGGAGGUCAUGAUUGAAAACAUGUCUGGAUCAGGUACUUUAUUGGAUAUUUUUAAUACAUUUUCAUUGAAACCUUUGCAGCAAUUUAAGAUCCUGUUAUUGCAGUGAAACCUGUAAGAGCUGGAACUCAACAGGACUCACAAGGUUCUCCACCUUUGAAGGGGUUGUGUCCUACCACUUUCCUAUCUCUUUUUUUUAAUGGAAAAUAUUGGAUGAGUUUUCCUUCUCUAACAGGUUUCCACCUUACUCAGGUUCCAGUUUUCCCAGGUUUUAUUGUAUUUUAUCUGUUAAAUAAGGAAACAAAUGGAGGAAGGGGAUUCAAUGAUUUGAAUUGACAAAACCUCUAAUAACCAGACCAAGAAUCGAAACCAGUGUUCAUCAGAUCGGUAAAGACUGAUCUCUCUUGUAGCUCACUUUGUAAAUUAAAAAAAAAUUUUUUUUGGCAAAACAGCAUAGCCUUUUAGGAACUGUAGAUCGGUGGUCCUCCAUGGAGGUGAUUUGCCAUCCCAGGGACAUUGGGCAAUGUCUGGAAACAUUCCUGGUUGUCACAACUAGAGGGUGCUGCUGAAAUCCAUUGGGUAGAGGUCUGGGAUGCUGCUAAACAUUCUACAAUGCACAGGACAGCCUUCACAGAAUUAUCCAACCCCAAAUAUCAAUAGGGCCAAAGUUGAAAAUCCCCGCAGUCUGUCAUUCAUUACUAUAGAGUAAGGCAGUGGUUCUUAACUGGCGGUGGUUUUUGUCCCCUAGGCAACACUUGGCAGUGUCUGGAGAUGUGUGUUGUAAAAAAUACACAAAAUUUACCAUUUUAACCAUUUUAAAGUAUAUAAUUCAGUGGCAUUUAGGACAUCCACAGCGUUGUGCAAACCAUCUCUAUGUAGUUCCAGAAGUAUUUCAUCACCCUGAAAGGAAGCCCUGUAACCAUUAAUCAGUCUUACCCAUUACUUCUUCCUCUGGCAAUUACUAAUCUGUUUUCCGUGUCUAUGAAUUUGCUUAUUCUGGAUUUUUUUUUUUGACACAACUACUUGUGCUUUGGCUUCUAGUGGGCAGAUGUCAGGAACGCUGCUAAACAUCCUACAAUGCCCAAGACAGCCCCCCACAACAAAGGAUUGCCCAGCCCCAAAUGUCAAUACUGCCACAAGUUGAGAAACCUUGGCUUAGACAAUUUUCUCUGCCGAAAGAUAAUAAACACCGUAGGCCAUUAAUUUGGGGGAAAUGUGGGGUUAGAAGUCCAGGAAAUAUCCUGAAUCUUGGCUUCCAGUUAGUUGUGCUUAUUUGUAGAGAACUGGAAUUAUGUUCUUUUUCAAGGGGGUGGAUAAGAUCAUCCAGGUAAUGUUUAUAUAAUUUGAGAAGAUAAAUUUUGGAAGUAUAGACUGAAAAUUGUGAAAUCCAAGAACAAGGCACCAGCAAUAAGGAUAGCAUUGGUCUUAGAGGCUAAUCAAAGGCACCAGAAGGAAGUUAAAAAAGAUCAGCGGUAUCAAACUCAGAUGAAUAAUCAAGCAGGAUAAAAGCGUGAAGGAUGACUUCUAGAAAAUCAAAUGUCAAAACCAUUUGCAGAGUGUAUUAGAGAUAAAAUCCUUGUAUGAUAAAUAGUAGCAGGUGAGCUAGUAUAGACUAUGAUUGUAAAGGACUAUUCUAGGGAGUUUGAAGAGGAAUAGAGGUGUGGGAAGGCCAACUCAAGGACAUUGUGGAGUCAAAAAUUUUGUUUGGAGAUCAUUCCUUAGGUGAUUUUUUUUUUUUUUUAAGUAGGGAAUGAUUUUACCAUGUAUAUAGGUUGCAAAAAAA